AUGUAUUCUUCUGCCUAUCCAAAUAAAAGGAAUCAUUUCCCGUCUGCAAAUGAGAUUUUCCUUAGUUCCACAUUAAGCUCUUUGGGUUAUUUACAUGUUUCCUUUUCCAAUCUUGCGUUUAAUUUUCUUCCUUUCUUUCUUUCUUUCUCUCUUUCUUUCUUUCGCGACUUCUCUUUCUUUCUUUUACAGCUUCCUAUUCUUUCUUUUAAUCAUACCAAAUCUUUCUAUAUUUUUUUGCUACUUCCUUGCCUUUCUUUCUUUCUUUCUUUCUUUCUUUCUUUCUUUCUUUCUUUCUUUUACUUUCUUUUACUCAUACCACCUCUGUCUUUCUUUAUUCUCUACUUCCUUGUCUUUCUUCUUUUACUGUUUACCUUUCUUUCUUUCUUUCUUUCUUUCUUUCUUUCUUUCUUUCUUUCUUUCUUUUACUCAUACCACCUCUGUCUUUCUUUAUUCUCUACUUCCUUGUCUUUCUUCUUUUACUGUUUACCUUUCUUUCUUUCUUUUCUUUCUUUCUUUCUUUCUUUCUUUCUUUCUUUCUUUCUUUCUUUUUACUCCUUACCUCUGUCUUUCUUUUAUUCUCUACUUCCUUGUCUUUCUUCUUUUACUGUUUACCUUUCUUUCUUUCUUUCUUUCUUUCUUUCUUUCUUUCUUUCUUUCUUUCUUUUAAUCCUACCAAUCCUUUUUUUUUCAAUACUUCCUUUUUUUGUUUCUUUGUUUCUUUCUUUCUUUGUUUCAUCUCUCUUUCCUUCUUAUUUUUUAAUCUCGCUUUCCUUUUUAUUUUCAUCUCUCUUUGCUUUUAAUUUUUCGUCUCUCUUUCCUUCUUAUCUGUCAUCUCUCUUUCCAUCUUAUUUUCAUCUCUCUUUCCUUCAUAUUUCUUCUCUCUUUUCUCCUUAUUUUUUUCAUUUCAUAUCAAAUCGACUUUUUUUUAUAUAUUUCUCUUUAUUAUUCUGUUCAUAUCUAUCUAUCUAUCUAUCUAUCUAUCUAUCUGUCUCGGUCUGUUCAUAUCUAUCUAUCUAUCUAUCUAUCUAUCUAUCUAUCUAUCUAUCUAUCUAUCUAUCUAUCUAUCUAUUUCAGCCUGUUCAUAUCUAUCUAUCUAUCUAUCUAUCUAUCUAUCUAUCUAUCUAUCUAUCUAUGUCUGUUCAUAUCUAUCUAUCUAUCUCAUACCAUUCAUUAUCUAUCUAUCUAUCUAUCUAUCUAUCUAUCUAUCUAUCUAUCUAUCUAUCUAUGUCUGUUCAUAUCUAUCUAUCUAUCUAUCCAUCUAUCUAUCCAUCUAUCUAUCUAUCUAUCUCUGUUCAUGUCAUAUCUAUCCAUCUAUCUAUCUAUCUAUCUAUCUAUCUAUCUAUCCGUCUAUCUAUCUCCGUCUGUUCAUAUCCAUCAUCUAUCUAUCUAUCUAUCUAUCUAUCUAUCUAUCUAUCUAUCUAUCUAUCUCAGUCUGUUCAUAUCUAUCUAUCUAUCUAUCUAUCUAUCUAUCUAUCUAUCUAUCUAUCUAUUUCAGCCUGUUCAUAUCUAUCUAUCUAUCUAUCUAUCUAUCUAUCUAUCUAUCUAUCUAUCUAUCUAUCUAUCUAUCUAUCUAUUUCAGCCUGUUCAUAUCUAUCUAUCUAUCUAUCUAUCUAUCUAUCUAUCUAUCUACUCGAGAGAAGUUUCUGUAGUUUUGAUCCCAACAUUACUGGCAUGGCAGCCGUAAAAACAUUUGUUUUAGCUUUAUUUUGUUUUACGUCCAAUACUUUUAUAAGUCUGUUUCCCGAGGCUAUCCUGAAUGUGGUCCGGCAUCAAGGCAUUUUCUUCCCCGAUGACAUUCGGCCGCUCAAUGUUAAGCCAUCGCAUACGAAGGGCAGUCCUCAUGAUAGACAUUUUACAUAA